CCGCGGGGCGGAGGCGACGGUGCCUGAGGAGAGACUCCGCGUGCUGCAACGCCGGCUGCCUGCCUCUGAGGCGGCGUGAGUCCCAACCAGCAGCUGCUUUUCGCUAGUGGUCCUUCCACGUUGAGUUCUGCGUGAAGAUGGCAGACGAUCUUGGAGAUGAGUGGUGGGAGAACCAGCCAGCAAGAGCAGCCAGCAGCCCAGAAGCAUCAGAUGGUGAAGGAGGAGGAGACACAGAAAUGAUGCAGCAGGAGACAGUUCCAGUUCCUGCCCUGUCAAAGAAAACCAAACAGCCUAAAGAAUGUUUCUUGAUACAACCAAAGGAAACAAAUGAGGAUGCCACCAAGACCAGGAAGAGGAGAAAGAAGAAAAUUACUGAUAUUCUUGCAAAAUCAGAGCCUAAACCAGGGACACCUGAAGACCUGCAGAAGCUGAUGAAGGACUAUUACAGUAGUAACCGCUCAGUGAUUGAAUUAGAAGAACUAAACAUACCAGAUUCCUGCUUUCUCAAGGCCAAUGAUUUGACUCACAGUCUUUCAUCAUACCUAAAAGAAAUCUGCCCUAAAUGGGUGAAACUUCGGAAAAGCCACAGUGAGAAGAAAUCAGUCCUGAUGCUGAUUAUCUGCAGCUCUGCCAUCCGAGCCUUGGAGCUCAUUAGGUCGAUGACUGCAUUCAGAGGAGACAGCAAAGUUAUGAAAUUAUUUGCAAAACACAUAAAGGUCCAAGAGCAGGUAAAAUUGCUGGAGAAGCGUGUGGUACACCUGGGUGUAGGAACUCCAGGAAGGAUUAAAGAACUUGUUAAACAAGGCGGCCUUAAUUUGAACCCCUUAAAGUUUCUGGUUUUUGACUGGAACUGGAGAGAUCAGAAGCUAAGAAGGAUGAUGGACAUUCCCGAGAUAAGAAAGGAAGUUUUUGAACUUCUGGAAAUGGGAGUCCUCAAUCUAUGUAAGUCAGAAUCUUUGAAGCUGGGCCUUUUCUAAGUUUAGGCCUGAAGAAAAUUCCUGGUUUAAUGGUGCGAUUUGCUUGUUUAUUGGCUCUGGCACACUGCAAGCAUUCAGUAACUAUCAGCUAUUGUUUUGUUAAGUUGACUGUAUCACUGAUGCAUCAUGGGGAAUGGUGGGGAUUUUUUGACAAAAAUGAAUCUGUCCUUUGCCAACUCCCUUGUAUAAUAAAGUAUCAUUGGUUUGUCUGUGAGUUUUGUUAGGCAGACUGAGUUUUUCUUCCACCAACUGGCCUCUGACGUGACUGCAAGAAAAGGAAAGAGCAUCUGGGCAACCUUAGGCAAGCUCCUUCCCUCUCUGAGCCUCAUUUUCACCAGCUGUGAAUGGGAAUGAUACCUUGCAGGAUUGCUGAGGAUUUCAUGAGAUGGUAGAUGUGGAACAGAUUUGUGGCUGUGAAGCCUCGUCCCAGUGUUUAGGGUGGCACUGGUAAUGGUACAAAGAGCUGGAAGUAAGUGGAACUUUGUAAAUGUAUAAAAGACAACAGUAUAACUACAACUGUCUUAUUCCUUUUUUAAUUAUGUUUUGAGAUAAUCUCACACUUAUAGGAAAGUUACAAAAAUAGUGUAAAGAAUUCCCACAUCCCCUUUUCCCGGCAUCCCCAAGUGUUAACCUCUUGUAUAACCACAGUACAUUUAUCAAAACUAAGAAAUCAACAUGGGCACAAUACUCUUAACUACAGAUUUUAGGUUUUACCAGCUUUUCCACAGAUAUCUUUUUCCCAUUCCAGGAUCCAGUCAAGGAUCUCACAUUGUAUAUAGUUGUCAUUCUCCUUAGUUUUCUUUUUCUUUUUCUUUUUCUUUUUUUUUUUUUUUUUUUUUUUUUUUCUUUCUAGAGCUGCACCCACAGCAUGUGGAGGUUCCCAGGCUAGGGGUCAAAUAGCAGCUGCAGCUGCCAGCCUAUGCAACAGCCACAGCAAUGCAGGAUCUGAGCCGCAUCUGCGACCUACACCACAGUUCAUGGCAAUGCCAGAUCCUUAACACACUGAGCAAGGCCAGGGAUGGAACUUACAUCCUCAUGGAUGCUAGUCAGAUUCAUUAACCACUGAGCCAUGACAGGAACUCCCUCCUUAGUUUUCUAAGAAGAGCAUAUAUAGUCUGUCACAUUUAAUCACUGAAGUAGUUCUGGAGGAAGAGUGUUAUUUAUAUUUGUUUUGUUUUGUUUUUGCUUUUUAGGGUCGCACCUGCAGCAUGUGGGAGUUCACAGGCUAGGGGCUGAAUCAGGGCUACAGCUGCCAGCCUACAUCACAGCCACAUCAAUACUAAAUCUGAGCUGCACCUGUGACCUACCACAGUUCACAGUAAUGCCAGAUCCUUAACCCACUGAGCAAGGCCAAGGAUUGAAUCCAUAUCCUCAUGGGUACUAGUUGGGUUUGUUUCUACUGAGCCACAAUGGGAACUCCCAUGUUAUUUAUAUUUUAUAGAUGGUGAAACUGAAUCUCAGAAAGGACACUAGUUUAAGUAGCAGAAACAGAAGUCAUACCCAAAUCUCCCAUAUUCACUUCAGAAUACCAGAGUUUCUGUUUGGGAACUCAAGCAUAUAUAACAAAUGAUAUAA